AUGCUAUCUUUCAAAGUGACUAUUACCCAAAAAAAGUCCAAGAGAACAGCCGAAGAAGUCACAUGUUCACAUUGUAAUGAAGAGAAACGUUGUUUUGCUGGUACAGUACGUAAACAUAUUACUGUUUUCUUCAUCAUCAAAAAUCUGCAAGCAAAUCCAGUACCCGUUAAGUAUCAGCAAACGAUGGCUGUUCGAGUAGAUGUUGACGAUAUGAUUGUGCGGUUGUUAAACGUUGGCGUACCUGGCUGUGCCUUAGUUAACAAUGUCAAAGAAGCAGAACUUAUGGUUCUUUGUCAGUCAGCAAGGCAAAUGUUUCUAAACCAAACUUCCUUGAUAGAAGUUCAAUCUCCAAUUAAGAUAUGUGGCGAUAUUCACGGACAAUAUGCAGAUGUCUUAAGACUCUUUGAUCGAGGUGGUUUCCCACCAAUGGUGAAUUAUUUGUUUCUUGGUGACUACGUGGAUCGCGGACAUCAAAAUCUCGAAUGUAUUUCAUUGUUUUUCUGCUAUAAGAUCAAAUAUCCUGGGAAUUUCUUCAUACUACGGGGAAAUCACGAAUGUGCGCCGAUAAAUCGGGUGUACGGAUUUUUUGAAGAAUGCAAUCGUCGGUAUAAUAGUACACGACUUUGGCUUGGUUUCCAGGAGGCAUUCGCGGCGAUGCCGUUCACUGGACUUGUAGCCGGUAAAAUCCUAUGCAUGCAUGGAGGGCUCUCACCUAAGCUUAAAUCACUGGACCAACUGAGGCAAAUCACACGGCCAAUUGAUCCGCCAAAUCCAUCACUACAUAUUGAUCUUUUAUGGAGUGAUCCAGAUCACUAUGUUAAGGGUUGGCAAGCAAAUACUCGUGGAGUUUCAUUUGUAUUUGGACAAGAUGUUGUAAACGAAAUGCUACCGAUGCUGGAUAUCGAUCUUAUCGCUAGAGCACAUCAGGUCGUUCAAGAUGGCUAUGAAUUUUUCGCUAAUAAAAAACUGGUUACCAUAUUCUCUGCACCGCAUUAUUGUGGACAAUUUGAUAAUGCUGCAGCAAUGAUGAAUGUUGAUGAAGGAUUAGUGUGUUCGUUUCAGAUAAUGCGACCGACAAUCAAAGCGAAUAAAGUGGUGGCACGUUCAAGUUAA